AUGCGGCAAGCCUUCGGCGGGGCCGAGGGUCUCUUGGCCCUGCCAUUUGAGGUCCUGCAGGACAUCAUCACCCGCCUGCCAGACCCAGCCGCCCUCUCCGCCACCAGCAGGGCGGCACAGCGGCUGUGUGGCCAGUCUGACCUGGCGUGGUUUGCAGCGCGCCAUCGCGACGCGGCGCCGGGGCGGCCAUGGCAGUAUGCCGCGCUCACAUGGCGCCAGCUGCAGCGGCAGUCAGUGGAGGGCAUUGCCCUAUGGCUGCUGCGCUAUGCCCGCUUUCAACAGCAGCAGCAGCAGCAGCAGCAGCAGCAGCAGCAGCAACAGCAACAGCAGCAGCAGCUUGGCGCAGAGCCAGACGUCGCAGCUGCCCAGGCGUGCCUGCUGUUGGACAACGAUGCACUCGGCGCGCUGCUUGCAUUAUGCGGCCCCAUGGCGCCGCUCCUGCUGCUGCCGUACGCAGCACAGGGCAGCGUUUGCUCGUUGCUACAGCACGCGCCGAUGCAGCGCCUGCUGUGCCCGGCCGACGGCUUUGACCUGGGCGGCGGCGCGCGGCGGGUGCCUCAGAAGGCUCAGAUCCUGGCUGCCGCCAAGUCGGCCCUGUUGGUAGGGCACUGGGCGGCAGCGGAGUGGUUGUGCAGUUUCCUGCGCAGUUCCCCCGAGCACGUGGAGGGUAUGGCGGCGCUGCAGGUGCUGGCUGUCCGCCGCUGCCCAGCCCACAUCGCGCAUGCCGCGCUGGUCUGUGGGCUGCGCUGCGAGCCCGCGGCCCUGCGCCGCGCCUUCAGAGAACGCGGCACGCCAGAUGUGUUCGCAUUGUGCCACCAGCAGCUGACUGCCAGCCUGAUGGUGCCGCUUUACCAGCAAAUGGUGGAAACGGGCGUCGCUGUCAAGUUGGCCCACCGCAAAGCGAGCGCCAUGGCGUGCUGGCAAGCCGCCGUGCAGCUGUGCCUGUGGGGCGUGCCCGCCGGCCCGUGGCCGGCGCUGUGCCAUGUGGACGUGCAGGAGAAGCUUCUCGAUCUCUCGACCAGCGACUAUCCAGCUGUUGUCCCGCGAGUUGGGGAGCUGAUCGCGGGCGCAGCCGUGGCGGCGGCGGUUGCGGAUCACCCGAUUCUGCUUGACCGUAUCUUGAUGCGCCUGCCGGAUUGGCUGGCGGCGCGCGGCAAGGGCCUGCAGCACGCGCAGGCGCUGGCUGACGCGGUCUGCCGCCUCACCAGCGACGACGGCGCCGGCUCCACUGGCUGGGGCGACCCCGAAAGCUGGGACAAGGGCCUGCCCCCGCUGGCGCCCGCGGCGUUGUUUGCUGCUCUCGACAAAAUAUGGGCGGCGGCGAGGCGAGGCGGCAUCCGGAUCGGGCUGCUGCAAGCGGUGGUGGCGGCGGCGGCUUCCUCGUCAGGGGCCGCCCCGCACCCUGUGACGAUGUCGAUGGCCGGACGCGCGUGGCUGGUGCCUCACCUCUCGCGCGCCGGCCUGCGGCUUGGCGUGCUCGACGCCCAGCCUUCUAUGUCGGCGCUGCGUCGCCAGCUGGCAGGGUGCAGCUUUGGCGGCGUGGGAUACCAGUAUGAGCGCAAUGGCAUGUCGGGUGCGGUCCUGGAAAAGGAGGUGGAUAACAUGGCUUAUGCCUACUACAACGCCAUCAAGGACACCGGCAGCCGGCUCGUGAAGCUUCCACGCGACGAGCGGCUGCAGCUGGCCGUCAUGCGCGCCGUGCGGCGCGGCCGGCCCUGUGACGUUGUUCGUGCGCUGCAGGAGCAGUGGGACAUUGAGAGACAGGUGCUUGACGCACUGCAGGUGGCGGCACUGGAAGAGGCCGACGAAUUGGAGGACGAGGCGCCGCCCGAAGGCCUGUGGGUUGACAGCCUGUGCGCGCUGUUUGGCGCGCGCGUGACCGGCGGCGCCGCGCCACGGGGGCCCUUCUGCGGGUUCUGGGGCGGCGGCAGUGACGCGUUCGACCUUCUGGGGCGCGUCGUGCGCGCCUGGCCUGCAGAGGGGUGGGUGUUUGCGGAGCUGCUGCAUGCAAUUGACUACCCCAAUGAGGUCCAUGUUUGGCCUUUCCGUGCGUGCGUGUACGACGGCGAGCUGAUGGCAUGGCUGGCGGCGCAGGGCCACCCGCGCGAAUGGGCGACGUAUGUCAGGAGCUCUACGGCGGGCCAGCUUCUCACCCAGUCGGCGGGCGCGGACGCGUUCCGGGCGGCGGUCGAGUGGCUCGCGGUCGCUGAGUGGUUUCCAGACGUGGCAGCAGCUGACUGA